AUGGAGGGCGACAAUGACAUUGAAGCCGUCGGCUAUAGCCAACAAGGAGACCUUGGAGGCUCUCAGUAUGUACAACAAGAGCUCGUGGAUGUGUCCCAGAUGGCUGGACCGCCAAUGCCAGUGUUAACAGGGGUUGGUACUCAGCAGGACGAAAUCGCACAAACUGCAACAGCCGUCAGUCAACUCGAAGACAGCCAAGAGCCACAAACACAAGACACGCAGAUCACACAACAGAGGAAGAAGAAAACAAGGACCAGGCGAAGCUAUGCAAAGAAAUACCUUGUUGCGUCCAGUGACCUCUACUUGAAAGAUGACGCUCGAAUCAGAGCACAGUUUGCGCACGAUUUUCCAGAUGGUUUGCUUUUGGAUGGUCAAGUCGCAGUUUGCCCAACAGCACAGAAUGGCAAGCUCUUUACAAUAAGCUGGAAAACAGGUGAGACUGGUGUGUCUGUUGACUGGGUGGAGAGGGUGUUCGCCCAGAAGGAUUACCAGGAGCGUAUUUGGGAGGCCAUUGUCGCAUUCAAGCAAAGAAAGGAACAAGAGCAAGAAGCAGAGGAGCUCCUCGUGGCUCGAGCUGGGCAGGAGGAGGAAGAAAACACAGAGCUAGAGCAGGCCACACCACACGAAGCUCCCAUCAGGCUUGCAGCUCUCCGAACGUCAGCCUCCACUGUCAGUUCACUAUCCAGUCGCAGUCGUACGAGUAGCUCUAUGGCAAGCUCAUCCACCCGCAGAGUUCAAGUUCAAAUUGAAGUUGGACGUCAGGCAAGAAAUACAAGGAGCAAUCCAGACCUUUCAUCGGAUAGUGAAGAGGAAGCCGGUGACGUAGACGAGGGAGACAAUGCGUACUUCAACCUACCAGAAGAUUCAGGUGUCUUGUUGGAAGAUGAAGUGAUCUCAGACUGUGAAGCUGACGCUGACGCUGGUAAUGAAGAGGAAGGUAUUCUUGAAGGUGGACGUUUGACAGAUUUGUUGAACCAGUUGCUGUGGGACUUCCGUGAGUGUGAUCCCAGCAAGGAAACUUUGUCUUGUCCCGAGUUAUCAGACGCCACAACAGAGCUGAAGAGGGGUGUCGCGAACCGUUUUGACACGCCCCUUGAAUGUCUUGCUAUUACCACAGGACUGGAUGAUGCCUUUGUAGCCUGA